AUGGCAGCGGUGAACAUGGUGGCUUUGCUGUUCAUAAUCUUGUACUACUUCUCAGUCAUGAUCGUCGGCGUCUGGGGAGGCCGCAAAGUGCUCCCGGUGCAGGGCUACUCGAUGGGCCCGCAUGGAGCACGCAUAUCCAGGCGGAAAGUUGACGACGACGACUUCCUGCUCAGGCUGUUCGUCGCCAACCGGCAUUUACCGCUGCUGCUCGGCGUCGCGUCCAUGACCGCAACCUGGGUUGGAGGCGGCUAUCUAAAUGGCACCGCCGAGGCAGUCUACAAGUAUGGCAUCGUCAACUGCCAAGCUCCGAUUGGCUACGCGAUGAGCCUGAUUCUUGGCGGCGCUUUCUUCGCGACCAAGAUGCGGCUGACAGAUUCGCUGACGAUGCUGGAUCCGUUCCAGACGCACUACGGCCGCUGGACGGGACUGAUGUUCUGUGUGCCGGCCUGUGCUGGGCGAGAUAUUCUGGACGGCUGCCAUACUAGCGGCUCUGGGCAAGUGGCUGUGCGCACUCUUCGCGGCGACACGGCGAGCGUGAUCAUCAAGGUUGGCUCUCAUUACUUCAUCAUCAUCUCCGCGUUGGUAAUCUUCUUCUACACGUCGCUGGGCGGUCUCUUCUCGGUCACGUACACGGACGGCCUCCAGCUCGCCACCACCGCCAUACUGCUGUGGAUGUGCGUGCCUUCGUGCGUAACUCACAAGGCGGUGGGCACACUGGGUCCCCAGUACACCGACUGGAUCGGCACCGUCGCCAGCGGGGAUAUCAGCCAGCUCGUCGACCUCUUCCUGAUGACGGCUCUCGGAGGAAUCCCGUGGCAGGUCUACUUUCAGCGCGUGCUAGCCUGCGAGACCGUGGCCGAGGCCAAGAUUCUCUCGUUCAUGUCGGCCAUUGGCUGCAUAUUCCUCGCCUUGCCACCCGUCCUCAUCGGAGGUGCCGCCAAACAUACCAACUUUACGGUGGCCGGCUAUCCGGGAUCGUUCCUGCUCAGCGACGAGGACAGCCCGCGGGUGCUGCCGUUCGCAAUCCUGUAUCUGACCUCGGGCAUGACCACCAUUUUCGGCCUCGUCAGUAUCGCAGCAGCCGUCAUGUCAUCCGCCGACUCCUCCAUGCUCAGCGCCUCAACAAUGGUCACCAGGAACGUCUACCAGGCGCUUUUCCGGCCCAUGGCCACGGAGACGGAGGUGGUGAUUGCGCUCCGCACCAUGAUCUGCGCCCUGAGUUCGCUGUCCGUCUACAUGGCGCUCUCGGUGAAUUCCGUGUUCGAUCUGUGGACCCUGUGUUCGGACAUCGUCUACGUUCUACUCUUCCCGCAAUUGCUCUGCGUGUUUUACUUCAAGGAGACUAACGCAUACGGCUCAGUCUUGGCUUUCGUCGUGAGCGGCGUGCUCCGGUGCCUGUGCGGCGAGCCCUCCAUGAACGUGCCGGUGGUGGUGCGUCUGCCCCUGUACGACCCGGAAUUGGGCCAGCGCUUCCCGUUCCGCCUGCUGUGCAUGGCGCUCGGCCUGGCCACGCUCCUCCUCGGCUCGCACGUGGCCGACGCGCUCUUUCGCAGAGGUUGCUUCGUCAAGCCGCCACCGACGUGUGCCCGCACUGGCCCCUCCGACCACGCCACCGCCGCCACCGGCAGCACGGGAAGCGAUAUAAUGCCCGGGGCUCCCAGCGGCACUCGGCAUGUUUCGACCACCGAUACUGCGAGCGAGAAAGAGGCCCUCACCUCGGGGAUUUCCAAGAACAGCCGGAGGGUGUCCGCUGAGCCUCCCAACGAAGCGCAGACCGGCAGCUGCCCAACCAGAAGGAAAUCUUCGUUGACCUCGGACCGGAGGCGUUCCUCGGCGAUGCAGUCGGCUUGGGCGCUCCAAUCGUCCGGGGCGGCGGACAAGUCUUUGACGGAGGGUGCCACCACCGAGACGAAGACGUCGCGCAGGAAGUCUAAGUCUGGCGUCUCUAAACGCGGCGGGAAGGAGACGCGCAGUUAG